AUGGAAUCAUUAAAAUUUGAAUAAAGUAAAAAUUAUAUCUAAUUAAAAAUUAAUCUUGUUUCAUUAUGGUAAGUAUUAAAAGAUUAUAAACAUAGAAUUAAUUUGUUUCAAAAUACUACAUUCUAUUAAAUAAUAUAGAAAAAAUAACAAUAUUAUUAAUCUAGAUACUACCUUUAAAGAAUUAAAUUUCAACGAACUUUAUGCUGUAAGAAUUUGAAGAAAGACCUCUUUAUGGAAAUUAAAUCGUUAAAAUUAUUUUGUCUCAAAAAUUUUGAGUCCAAAGAAUAAUUUCUCUAAUCGAAGUAUAUUAAAAAAAAAUAGAAAGAAUUAUAUAGUUUUGUAAUAUAGAAGCUUUAUUCUUAAAAUAAUUCAAGAAAUUUACCUGAUCUUUAGAAUGGAUAAAUAGGAAUAAAAAAUAAUUCUCAAACUUCCCCAUGUUAUGGAUAGAAAAAAUAGUAUAAAAUUCAAAUAGAAUCAUUGAAAGGAGAAAAUUUAGCUAUUUUAAAGACUGAAUUCCAGGUUUGA